UCCUCCUCCUCCUGCUCUUCCUCAUCCUCCUCAUUCUGUUCCUCCUUCUCUUUCUCCUGCUCUUCCCCUUCCUCCUCCUCCUUCUCUUCCUCCUUCUAUUCUUCCUCCUCCUCCUUCUCUUCCUCCUUCCAUUCUUCCUCCUCCUCCUCUUCCUCCUUCUCUUCCUCCUGCCCUUCCCCCUCCUCCUCCCUCUCUUCCUCCUCCUCCUCCUUCUCUUCCUCCUCCUCCUCCCCCUCUUCCUCCUCCUCUUCCUCCUCCUCUUCCUCCUCCUCCUCCUCCUCCUCCUCCUCCUCCUCCUCCUCCUCUUCCUCCUCCUCCUCCUCCUCCUCCUCCUCCUCCUCCUCCUCUUCCUCCUCCUCUUCCUCCUCCUCUUCCUCUUCCUCCUCCUCUUCCUCCUCCUCUUCCUCCUCCUCUUCCUCCUCCUCCUCUUCCUCCUCCUCUUCCUCCUCCUCUUCUUCCUCCUCCUCCUUCUCUUCUUCCCCCUCUUCCUCCUCCUCCUCCUCCUCCUCCUCCUCUUUGUGUGAGACAGGUCUAAAGGGACAUACUAGGGUGUCCAAUAAAAUGUGUAUCUUUUGA